CCGCCAGCUGCAACCAUGCCGGGGGAUCACCGGCGUAUCCGUGGGCCUGAAGAGUCACAGCCACCCUCACUGUACGCGCCGGCGCCCGACGAGGACGACGACGCCGCUGAAGAACGGGCGGGGGUGCCCCGUGACCCGGCUCGACUGCGGCCGGUGUACGCGCGCGCGGGCUUGCUGAGCCAGGCCAAGGGCUCAGCCUACUUGGAGGCCGGCCGCACCAAGGUGCUGUGCGCCGUGUCCGGGCCGCGGCCCGUGGAGGGAGAGCGCGGGGCGGCGGCGGGCGGCGCGGGUGGCCGCCUGCUCUGCGACUUCCGCCGGGCGCCUUUCUCUGGCCCACGGCGGCGGCGGCCGGCCGGGGCGGCGAGCGCGGGCGGCGGCAGCCUCGAGCUGUCAGCGCUGCUGCUGGAGGACGGCGGCUCGGCCCUGGCCGCGGCUCUCACGGCCGCCUCGCUCGCGCUGGCGGACGCGGGCAUCGAGAUGUACGACCUAGUGGUGGGCUGCGCGCUGAGCCGCGGGCCCGAGCCGCCCGCCGCCUGGCUGCUGGACCCUACGCGCCGCGAGGAGGAGCGCGCCGCCGCCCGCCUCACCGUGGCGCUCAUGCCGGUGCUCAACCAGGUAGCUGGCCUGCUGGGCAGCGGCGAGGCCAGCGCGGCCGACUGCUGGGCCGACGCUGUGCGUCUGGGCCUCGAGGGCUGCCAGCGGCUCUACCCCGUGCUGCAGCAGUGCCUGCUUAAGGCAGCCCGCCGCCGCGGGCGGGGAGCCACGGGAGCUACGGACCCCGAGACUUUGGCCACCACGGCCACCAACGCGGACUCUGGGGUCUGAGCACGGGAGCCGGGGCCAGACCCACCACAGCCAUCCUCUUCAGCCUCCGGACCUGGGCACACUCACUGACUGGGGGACUUGGGGGUCGUGGGAAAAGACUGAGCACGGGGAAGGGACGAGGUUGCACUGGGAUCCCUCACUGAGCCAUUUCUUUUUAUAUGUUCAUUAAAACACCCUUUGGUACCUUCCGGCA